GAGGCAUCGAUCUCAGCACCCCACCAGCGUAGCCGGCAGGAACAUCUGAAGCACAACUCCCACCGCAAGGAAGUCAAGUUUGGUGACUACAUCCUCGGCAGUACUUUGGGUGAAGGAGAGUUCGGCAAGGUGAAGAUGGGCUGGAAGAAGGAUAGCACCGUGCAAGUCGCCAUCAAGCUGAUCAGAAAGGAGGCUUUGAGCGGGAAUGCAACCCGGCUGCCCAAGAUCUACCGCGAAAUCAGCAUCCUGCGCGAACUUCAGCAUCCGAAUAUCGUACGGUUGCACGAGUUCAUCGAGACCGAGCGGCACAUGGGCAUCGUGCUGGAGUAUGCCUCGAGAGGCGAACUGUUCGACUACAUCCUGAACCACCGUUACCUCAAGGAUCCGCAGGCUAGGAGACUGUUCGCCCAGCUGGUUUCCGGUGUUGGCUACCUGCACAAGAAAGGGAUCGUGCAUCGCGACCUGAAGUUGGAGAAUCUGCUGCUCGAUCGGAAUAAGAACAUCAUCAUCACCGAUUUCGGCUUCGCGAACACUUUUAAUCCGCAGGAUGAGCUUGGCGAGGAGAUUGAGCGCAAUAUACAUGACAAGAAUUUUGUGAAGCAGAAGGGGUUGGAUGCUGUUGGGGCUGACAAUCAUCGUCGGGGUGACUUGAUGCAGACGAGUUGUGGUAGUCCUUGUUAUGCAGCGCCUGAGCUGGUGGUGUCGGAUGGUUUGUACACGGGGCGGAAGGUUGAUGUUUGGAGCUGUGGUGUUAUUCUGUAUGCCAUGCUCGCCGGUUACUUACCCUUUGAUGACGACCCUGCUAACCCCGAGGGCGACAACAUCAACUUACUGUACAAGUACAUCACUUCCACACAGCUGACGUUCCCAGAGUAUGUCUCG